AUGAUGACACUAAACACAAUCAUUAAUACUGUUAUAACAUUAAUAACAUCAUUUUUACACAAAUGCAUUGAAUCAGUCCAUAUCCUGUAUACUGAACGUGAUGUUUAUGAAGCUUUAUCAAUUUGGUUAGGUUAUCCUAGAGGUUUUGGUAUAUUUUAUAUUCAUCAUUCAUAUUACAACACAGUUUACAGACCUUUUUGGAAAUUGGAUAGAUUAUCAUUUCCAAUAAGGUAUUAUUCAUUUAAUACAUUAAAAGGUCUAUAUGAGUGGAUUGGUAAUUUCAAAUCAAAGGUUAAAUUUUCUUUAGCAAAGACAGAUGAAGAGGCAGGUUUUGAAGAUUUAGAGUUCGAUAAUAUUGAAGAAUCUACAUCAAUUUACAAUGUGAACCCUACUAAUAAUAUUAUACUCCCAAUCGAAAUUUGGGAAUACAUUGCAUAUCAUGGUGAAAUUAAUUAUUCAAUCAUGCUGAGAAUUAACAAGUCUUUUCUCUAUACAUUUGCACCAAAAGUUUUUGAUACAUUAAAAUUGACAAUUGUUUUAAGUACAUUAACCAAGAUGAAACUUAACGAUGAAAGUUUCUUAAAGAAUGGGCCUGAUACUAUCAAGUAUAAAUAUUAUAAUUCAUAUUCAAUUUAUGAAAGAGACCAAGAGAGUAAGAAAUUCGAUUAUGAAUUUUUAGAUACUGCAAUUGAAGAUCAAGAUUAUUUCAAGGGUAUUGGUCCUAAAAAGAUUAAAAGGCCCCAAAACCCUCAUAGAUCAUUCAAUGGAGAAGAGAGAUUCAACCAUCCAUUUGAGAUAAGAAGUUUUAAAAAGAUUCAACUCAUUUUAAAGAAUAUUUUACAAAAUCCAAACUCAAUAAUGAAGAAAUUUAUUAAGGAACUUUUGAUAGACAUUUGUAUGUUCGAUGGGUUUGAUAAACUUAUGACUAUGGAGAAAAGUUCAUUAGUUGAAGGAUCAUCUAGUGAACAUGAAUCAUUGGAAAAGUUGAUUUAUCAAGAAAUAAAACAGCUUAGACGUACUUCAGUUUUGAAAGUUGAUUCAGAUCAAGAUGAAAUCGAACCUAUUGAUGUUGCACCUUUGGAUGAUAAUUUUGAUAGAAUUAGAUGGAAAGAUGAUCUUGAAGAUAAAGAAACAAGGUUUUACAGGUUUUCACACAUACACAUGUCAAAAAUAAAUCUAGUACUGAUUCUAUUAGAGAUGAUCUUCAUCACAUCUUCCCACAGAAUGUCUAUUUCAAAGAGUAAUUGUUGA